CCAGUUGAGAGAAGUUUUUCAGUGGCUCUAGGUAACUUGUAGCUCGUCGACCCACAGGAAUUCCUGAGUGAAGCAAAAUGUGUUCCACGUCGGUAUUCAGAGCACGUGCCUUAGAAGUGGUGUUUUUCUCUCUCAUUAUCACCUUUACAUCAUUAAAAGUUGCACAGACAUCCACAGAGUCAGCCACUGCUUCCAACCAGGCGACCGAUACCCCAGCAGGAUCUACAGUUACAGCUACGCAGACAUCCUUUGAGACCGUGACUACAGACGAGGCAACCGAGACUUCAUUCGGAUUCACUAGUUCAGUUGCACAAACAUCCACAGAGUCAGCCACGACUUCCUACCAGGUAACCGAUAACCUAGCAGGAUCUACAGUUACAGACACAGUAGCGUCAGAAACACCCUCUCCAGGAAGCAGUACCUCCGGUCUGACUACUGGAAUAGGAUCCACGAGUGCGGGGCCCAGUAAUAUCCACUUCCUGAAUGGAAAUGAAAGUCUACAGAUAACUUCGCCUGGCUACCCGUGGUACUAUCCCAGCAACACGGACAUGAUAUGGAUCCUCCAAACACACGCGGGCUACCGGAUCCGAAUCACCUUCGCCAGUUUCGAUACCCGACACAGCUCCGAUUUCUUUUGGGCGGGUGACGGCGACAAUACCACCGCCAACGAGUUUUUCGUGUGGCAUAGGUCUAAACACCCACCUGAUCUGAUAUCUGUGGGUAGUGAGAUGUGGAUAAGGUUCACUUCCAGUGGCUACUACGACAACUACAAUGUCGGGUUUUCGUUGCUGGUUGCUAGUGUCCCCUCGGCAGAAACGCUGACCUGUGUGCCGGGUGACUUUGAUUGUGGCCGUUCGGUCUGCAUCAAUGGUGCCUGGCAAUGUGAUGGAGAAAUAGAUUGCCUCGACGAAAGCGAUGAACGUAACUGUGAUAAAAAACGAGUCAUACAAAUCCAGGACGGAGAGAGUGCUGUCUUAUCCUCCACAAGAUAUCCUGAUGAGUACCCCACUGGCACGAAUAUUACCUGGAUAUUGACUGCAAACGACGAUCGCAAGAUUAACAUAACCUUCUCUAGUUUUAAAACCCCAUACAAGAGGGACGUGUUGAGGGCUGGGGACAGUAAUGAUACUUCGCAAAACGGUUUCUUCCAAUGGAGUGGAUCUAGAAACCCACCGAGUCUACUUUCUGAGGGAAACCAAAUGUGGCUUGCGUUCACAUAUAGUGAAAUUGAUGACUAUUAUUACUAUGGGACACAAAGGUUUCAGCUGAUGGCUUCCAGCGUACCUUCGACAGACACCCUAUCGUGUUUAGAAGACGAGUUUCACUGUGGGCACUCAAUCUGCAUACAGGCUUCCUGGCGGUGUGACUUUGUGGUUGACUGUUUCGAUGGAAGCGACGAAAUAAAUUGCGAUGACCGCACCAUUUUUUUAAAUGCUGACGAGACGUUCCAGAUUUCUCUGCCGUCACUCCCCAGCGACUAUCCCUACAAUAGUGUUGACAUCACUUGGGUCAUCCAAACAGAGGAAGAUCGACGGGUCUCCAUAACGUACCCGUUUGAUACGUAUUUCUAUGACAAUACUAAGUUGUCGGCUGGUGAUGGUAACAGCAGUGCUGACUAUGCAGGUGUUUUCUUCCAGCGGAUCAUUGGUUAUAGGCCUAAUACGGGAUAUUCCUACUACUACAGCUCCUUGUCAAGUUUUCCCGAUUUACUCUCAAACGGGAGUACAAUGUGGCUGAGGUUGGAGUCUUCCCGGUAUUAUAACGUAUACCAUCAGCUUCUGAUUGCGUCUAGUGUCCCGUCAACUGUCAUUUGGCAGUGUCCUUUGGGAAAUGUGGACUGUGGUCAUUCUGUCUGCAUUAGCGGGGCUUGGCAGUGUGAUGGUCAGUCGGACUGUUUUGACGGAAAGGAUGAACUCAAUUGCGAAAAAGAAAGAGUACUGCAUAUCGGCAACGGUGAAACGGCAUUCUUGAUGUCCACUGGAUAUCCCAAUAACUACGCCCCAAAUACCAACAUAAUAUGGAUCCUAACCACAGAAAUCGAACAAAAGAUUAAUGUCACGUUCCUCAGUUUUGGCACCGGUUACAUGCGUGACAAGAUUAAAAUAGGAGAUGGUACCAACCCCUCUGAAAACGUGUUUUUCGAAUGGAGCGGGUUCCGGCAACCACCAAACCUACUUUCAAGCGGAAGCAGUAUGUGGCUGUCGUUCAGAUCCAGUGAUAUUGUUUAUUACUGGAGCAGGCGCGUGGUUUCCUUGAUGGCUACCAGUGUACCUUCGAUAUACAAUCAAAGUUGUUCUGCUAACGAAUUUGAUUGUGGGCACUCGGUCUGCAUAGAGACGUCCUGGCAGUGUGACUAUCUGGUUGAAUGCCACGAUGGAAAGGAUGAGUCAGAUUGCGAUAAUCGUAACGUAUUCCUGAGCCCCAACGAGUCAUACCAGAUAUCUCCCCCUGCAUUGCCAUGGCAGUAUGUGGUUGGGUCGAACAUCGACAUUACUUGGGUCAUUCAAACAGAAAACAACCGAAGAGUCCUGGUAUUGUACCUAAAUAAUAGCACUAUACCAGGAUACGUCACGUUGCGAGCAGGUGACGGCAACAGCAGCGUUGACAACGCAGGUGUAUUUUUCGAGUGGACUGGCGAUAUAACUGGCUAUUUUUACUACGGUGUGUCGAUAAGGCUUCCUGAGCUGCUCUCAAAGGGCCAUGCAAUGUGGUUGAGGUUGGAAACGGCUUAUUAUUACCUCGUCGAUCGCUUGGUUAUGGUAGUCUCGAGUGUCCCGUCAACAGAGACGCGGAUUUGCUCAACGGGUGAUAUUGACUGUGGCCAUGACGUGUGCGUCAGUAACGUGUAUCAGUGUGAUAAUCACUCGGCUUGCCUCAACGGACAAGAUGAGCUUAAUUGUGGUGAAGACCGUGUCAUUAACAUGACACUAAAUGAAACAGUGUUUCUUGGGUCAACGCGCUACCCCAACUACUAUGCUGGAAACCUCAACAUUACUUGGAUCCUGCAAAAUGAAGGAAGCCGCAGAAUCCUUAUCAAUUUCAAGUCUUUCGAUACUCAAUCUGGAGAUGUCUUUCGUGCUGGAGAUGGUGACCCAAGCAACAACGAGUUCUUCUUGUGGCAGGGAUCUAAGUUAGCACCUGACCUACUGUCCAGUGGCAACAAGAUGUGGUUGAGAUUCAUGUCAAAUUCCCGCAGUUACAAUAAGGGCUUUGGCCUGUGGGCUUCAAGUGUACCAUUUACACACACUUUGACUUGUCCGGCGAGUGACGUUGAUUGUGGUCAUGAUGUGUGCGUCAGUAAUGUAUUCCAGUGCGACGGUCACCCGGAUUGCCUCAGCGGACAAGAUGAGCUCAACUGUGACGGGGACCGCAUCGUCAACAUCCCCACAGACGAGAGGGUGUUCCUUGGGUCAACUCUCUAUCCUCACUAUUACCCCAGCAACCUGAACAUUACCUGGAUUCUGCAAGCUGAAGAGGGGACCAGGAUUCUCAUCGAAUUUGAGUCUUUUCGCACUGCUUCUUCGGAUGUAUUUCGUGCCGGGGAUGGUAACUCGACUAGCGACCAUGAGUUCUUCUCCUGGCAAGGGACCAAGCUCGCACCGAAUUUCCUUUCCUAUGGUAACAAACUGUGGCUGAGGUUCACCACGGACAGCUACAAUACCUUGGAAGGCUUUGGCCUUUGGGCUUCCAGUGUCCCGACGUCGUUUAAUCUCUCUUGUACACUUGGAUAUAUCGACUGUGGACAUUCUGUCUGUGUCAACGGGGCUUGGCAGUGCGAUGGCCAGUCAGACUGUCCAGACGGACAGGAUGAACUCAAUUGCGAGGAGGGCCGUGUAAUAUAUAUAAAUUCCGAUGACGUGGCACACCUGACAUCAACUAGAUAUCCAGACAGAUAUGGCAUGACCAGUCCCAUCACCUGGAUCUUGACAACGCAGGAAGAUCGGAAGAUCCUUGUCAUCUUCCUAGACUUUCAAGUCCGCUCCAUUACCUUCCUGAACACUACACUCUACUCCUCUGGAUAUUUCCGGGCUGGAGACGGCUACAACGCCACAGACAAUGAAUUUAUGGAUUGGGGUUUAACGACAGUUAGCAAAGCCACUGAUUGGGAUGAGACUAAACGACCACCCGAUAUACUCUCAGGUGGAAAUCAGAUGUGGCUCCGAUACGGACCAGUUAAUCCUCCAACAUUCGCUGGGAUUUCUUUCCAGGCGUCCAGCGUUCCUCUUCAGUAUAAUUUGACAUGUACUACCGGUGAGUUUGACUGUGGGCACUCGGUGUGUAUCAAUGGAUCCUGGCGAUGUGACAAUCAGUGGGAUUGCUUCGGUGGAACUGAUGAAACCAAUUGCGGUAAUCAAGGUCCAUUAUGCGCUGUUGGUGACUUCGAUUGUGGUCAAUCCGUUUGCAUCAGCGGGUUCUUGGAAUGCGACGGUUUCCCGGAUUGCAGCAAUGGCAGCGAUGAAGAGAAUUGCGUGGGCUGCCGCAAUUUCUGCUUCCUUGACGGGUCCCGGGGAGGAUGUUGGUGUGACGGGGCUUGUGAGAUCUACGGUGAUUGCUGCGAAGACUACUACAUCUAUUGCACACUUCCAGACUACCCUACGGAAUCCCCAGGUAUUGACGAAUGUGACCCGUUGGAACCGCUCCACGACUGCGACGUGAAUGCGUUCUGCACUGAUACUUCUGUUGGCUUCAACUGCACUUGUAAUGUGGGAUAUGAAGGAAAUGGCACAUCGUGCAUUGAUGUCAAACCUCCAGAUAUAUCGUGCCCCAGCAAUCUCACCGUUUACACGGACUGUCACAAGAGCUACUCAACCGUUUCACUGCCCGAUGUCCACUCCGUGAAUGACAACUCUGGCGCAUACUCUGUUAGUAUCGACAUAAACGGCUCUCCGCACCAAAUUGGCGAUACUGCAACAUUCGAUCUUCAUACAUCUCCUCAUCUUGUUCACUACAAUGUGGCCGAUUUGUCAUCGAACAGUGCCCAUUGUCAGUUAUUCAUAGUCGUGUCCUCUGUUGAUGAGGGAACGCUUUGUUUAGCUACCGGAAUCCCUCCAAACUGCAUCUGUUCAUCAAGUCAGGGAUUCUGCACAUGCUCUUCCGGAUACUGUGGACAUGAUUGCUCAAAGAAAAGUGAGGGAACUAAGUGCAAUGGGCCUAAUUUGCCAAAUCCGAAUUGCAAGGACAUCAACGAAUGUCUUCCGGGAUAUACAGGAUCACUGUGUGAUGAACGUAUCGAUGCAACAAACUGUCCAGAUAUUCCCAACAAAUGUCUGGGUCUGGGCGUGACCUCGGUGUCAAGGACGUGGGCCGAGGUUAGAGGUACUAGCCAAUCAGGCCAACGUGCCGUCAUCACAUGCAGGGGUAUGGAUGGAGCCGUCAUUGGGCUCACUGGUGGCGAUUUCGGCCUCGGGAAGCACGAAAUCGUCUGUUCCUCGGAUGAGCAAACUACUGGCGUUCCACAGUGCUUGAUUUCCUUCACAGUUUCAACAUACCCGAAACUUGGAGUCCCAAUGCUAGUUGACCAGUGCACUGACCCAGGCAAGCACACGUCCAACGUGACUUGGAGCUUGGGCCUAGACACAGCUUCGGAUGCAGUCGUCACCUGCAGCGGUAAUGGCACGGAUGUUGGACCAUCAGGAGGCGUAUUUGGUGUGGGGUACCACACGGUAACUUGUAAUGUCACCAAUUCGGGAGGCUGCACAACAUCAAAGACGUUUGGGUUCAACGUUAUGGUUGGCAGUCUUAUUCCAUUUGGAGCAGAGAGUGGAGAUUCUCGUCUGUCACAAGCAAAGCAAGAGAAUCAACAAUCUAAGAAGGAUUUGAUAUCUCCCACCAUUUAUCCACCAAAUUUCUUCCCAUUCUGCGAUGACCUGUAUGAGAAGAUUUAUUUCACUGACGACGGUGUCAUCAUUCUGUCAAAUAACAAAAACCUCAAUAAAUACGCGUUUCCUGGGGCUAAAGGCUCAACCUUUCCUAGCGGACUGAAGAUGAUAGCACCAUUUUGGGUGGACAUUAGAGCUGAUCUGUUUUCUUCAACAAAGAACGUUUUCUGGCAGGUAUAUGAUCAGUACGAUUUAAACACCAACCAAGACAAUUUGAAUACCAUCAAGGCUAUCGCACUACCAAACGUGGAUGCCGAGGGCGAUAUGAAACUGGCGUACUGGGCGCUGGUUGUCACGUGGAGUAAUGUUCAGCCAGAUUCAAAGGGAGCUACAACCACAUUCCAAGCUGUGCUGCUGACAGAUUCCAUUCAUAGCUAUGUUAUUUUUAAUUACGAUCCGUGUAACUCAAAAUGGGACACUGCCAACCAAAUCAACAAAAACGUCGUCCAGGGUUACACGUGCGGGACACAAGACCGGAGCGUAUACGUAGACGUACCCUCGGACUCCCUAUUUCAACCGGGGAGCAUCGUUGGGAAUUCGGGGCAGAGAGGCCGCUGGGUGUUCCAGCUUGACAGUCUCCCAGAUGGCUUCGUCAACCCGCGCUUAUCCUGCCGCAAUUGGCACAGUCAUCAGGCACCUUAUCCGAUCUUCAAUGCUUACUAUCCCCCUUUUGCCAACACGUGUCCCUGCAGCCUGCUAAUGGCUUGGCUGGACUGGCGAUUCCUGAGAAUGUGGCGACAUCGUUAUUAUGUUCCAGCAGGGGACAUCCUGAAAUACUUUCAAGACAGAUCUGUCAUUUGCUUUGUGAGACUGUACCAAGCCCCAGGAACCCCUGGCCCACAGUGCUGCUAUGAGUGGUCGACCGGUAGUCUUCUGUACGACGUGAGAAAUCCAAGAGUUGCUUCAGUUUUCGAGAGGUUUCCAUUCAGUCCACUUUUCUACUCGCCUGAGGUGUUUCAACAGUGGUACGAGGAAGACGUGCUAUCCCGUUACUUCUGCUGUGAAAAGUCCACCCUGUGUCAUCUUUACAUCGAAUGGCGCCCUCUCAUGACAUGUGACCACUACGUACCAACAUUUUGGGGUUGGUUCUGGGGAGAUCCGCACGUUCGAACUCUUGAUGGUUUGGACUACACCUUCAAUGGCCUCGGUGAAUACACACUAGUUCUCAUCGAAGACCCGGACAGAGGCGAGAGAAUCUUCGAACUACAAGGCCGGACGCAGAGAGUAUACGACCCCAAAACGGAGGAGCUAACAGACGCGACUUCGUACAGUGGCUUUGCGGCUUUGGAUUUUGCCAGCGGUGCAAGGGUUGAAAUAAAGCUCAACAAAGAAGCCACUGACUUGAUAACAACAGUGAACGGAUCUGUUGUAGAGCCCACAAUGGAUGGGCUGAUGUCCAAUGGCUUAACUGUGAGAAGAGAAGAGGAUCCUCCAAAAGUAGUGGCAAUAUUCGCUUCCGAUAUCCAAUUUUCCGUGGGCGUGAACAACAGUUUUGUGGACGUCACCGUCCAGCUGAGCCAAAAUCACAGAGGGAAAUCGAAAGGACUCCUAGGAGUUUGGGAUGGCAACACAACUAACGAUGUGCUAAGGCGUGAUGGCACAUUCCAAGAGCCGACCGGAGACCUGGGGAAGAUGCUUGAAAGGGACUUCUUUGAAUUUGGAGAAACAUGGCGGGUCCACCCAAAUGGAUCCCACUUCUACUACUUGCCGCCGGAGGAGAGCUGGGACAACAUGAAUAACUUGACCUUCCGGCCUCAAUUUCUGGAGGAUCUACUCGCCAGCUUGGACGACGAGCAACUCGAAAGGAUAAAAGCGGUCUGUGGGGAAAGCAGGGAGUGUCUCUACGACUCUUUGGUGCUCAAUGAUACAACCAUCGGGAUGGCCACCAAGCAAGUCAAUGAAAAGAAUACCGAAGACUUGAUUUCAGCAACAAAUUAUCCGCCCAAACUGACGUCAGUUGAGAGCAUUACGGCAACCGUAGGGCAGACCUUCAUGCUACAGAUACAUGCUACAGAUCCAGAUGGGGACAACAUAACAUUCCAUCUGCUGGAGAUGGUCACCGGUGCAGGCAUUACAGUGGAAGGUGGCCUUUUCAGCUGGACACCCAAUGACACCUCAAAGGUCAGGGUCGGUUUUUUAGCAACAGAUGGCAGGUCAAAUUCGACACUCGAGCCAAUAGUGAAUCUCUGUCAUUGUCAAAAUGGCGGAACGUGUCUUCCCGGUCGACAUGUAGACGGCACCAAUCUGGUUCAAGACCGCUUUGGGGUAUUACUGUGCGAGUGUGAGCCGGGGUGGACCGGUGAGUUCUGUGAAAUGGACUACGAUGCAUGCGCAGGCAGCCCCUGCUACCUUGGCGUGAAUUGUACGGAUGAGGUGCCUCCGUCCAUGAACAGCACGUGCGGCCUCUGUCCUGACGGAUUAGACGGCGACGGAAAAACAUGCACAGAUCGUGACGAGUGUCAGUUGUACAAAGACGAUCUAGCUGGCAUUGACGAGCCUGGGUGCGAUCAGAUCUGUGAGAAUAUCCUACUGAGUUUCAAGUGCAGCUGCAACCGAGGAUAUUAUCUAGACCAGGAUAAUAAAACGUGCCUGGAACUCACAGCAUCCAGUUGCCAGAAUGGAGGAGAAUUCUACGACAACGAGUGUGUAUGUCCAUUAGAUUAUUCAGGAGCCACCUGUGCAAGGGAGAGCCCUUGUUUGUUAGACGACAACUUGUGCUCAGGAACCGGGCAGGAGUGUUUGCCAAAUGCUAACGAAGAGGGCUUCUUAUGUCAAUGCCGCGGCUAUGAGGGAUACGUAGAAAUCAGCGAUGGAUCUUGCAAGCAUUACCCUUCCUUUGGACUAGUUAUCAGGCUUCUUAUGAAUGAAUUCACCAAUGCGUACAGAAAUCCAACAUCUACCGCAUUCAAAACGAUUGCUGCUACAAUUCAACAGGCGAUUCUAAACAAACUCGCCGAAAGUCCAGCCACAGCGAGCGCUCUUUCGGUGCAAGUGACGAAGAUAGAGGAAGGCAGUUUGAUCGUUACCCUUGUGGUGUCAUAUCCUGUGAACGCAGCGCCCUCACAAGGCGAGCUGGAAAAAGUUAUGUCAAGUAGCCGUAACCUGACAGACGGCAACUCAUCCAUUCUGAUAGACCCAAGUUCCGUCCUUGCCAAAGAGGUGUCGACCAGUUGCUCUAUGGACUACUGUCUGAACAGUGGAACCUGCGUAAGGCCUAGUUUCUCGCCGUGGUUUACCUGCACAUGUAAAGCUGAUUUUACAGGAGAGCGAUGUGAGACGAGACUUGCACCAGUACCUCCUUCAGACGGUCUACCUGUACUUGCCCUGGUGUUCAUCAUCACGGUCCCGGUGUGUAUCUUCAUCUUCGUCGUUGCAAUUUGCCUCUACCUUACCGUCAGAGAGAACAAAGUGGACCCAGACAAAACUCCCCCCGACCAAGAGACUUCAGGAAGGGUCAACGUAGGGCGUAAAUCUGGAGACAGGAUGGAAUGGAUAGGAAUGCAAGGUGCAAACCAGGCAUCUUUUUCUCCACCUAAAACUAAGGAUCCAAGGAAUCCAGCAAUGGAUAUUAAAGAAUUGAACUGAAAGACGACAUUGACCGUGUCGGGAGACAUAUGUGCGGACAGAGCCUUAGUGAAGAGUGAACUAUUAAAUCCUAUUCUUUGAUUAUCCUAAUUGUAAAGGCCUACUUGAAGUUUUACCAGACAUUGUCAAGUACUUUACUUACUUCAAGCAUUUACAUGCAUAAAACAUAGAGAAGUUAAGGCCUUUAAAAGCGGACCCCCUUAAUCUUACAAAUAACUUGAUAAUUUGCACAAAAUCUUAUGGAAGUUAAUUUUCAGUUUGCUCUGUCAAAGUAACAACAGAAUUUAUCCUAGUCGUACGACAGUUGUUUUAGAUGCGGUGUGUUUGUGCUCAUACGUGAUUCCGUUUGCUAUUCAUGUGAUCAGAUUAAACAGAUUUGUGGCUGACACGAACGUUAUACUCAGAUUUAAUUGCAUACAUUUUGUUUUUUUCUUUUAAAGUGUGAUACUCAAAUUGGAAGCGCUGGUUAAAUGAUUAAUCUUGUGAGUUUUUGCUGAGGUUGAUAGUUGCAUGUUUAAAUUUUGAACGAAAAGUACUUGUGCGGGCCUUAAACUGAAUCUUUAAAACGAGGUGACACAUUAGGUUUUGGCAGUAAUUUCACGAGAUUGGCUGAUUACGGGGUAUAAGAUUUACUGCAGCAGCUAUCAUUCAUUGAAUUGUUGCAUGUUUAAGUCAACUGCUAUGUGAGAAAUCGAGAACAGACUAGCACCUUUAACGGUAAAAUUGGACAUCUUGUAAUGAAAAUCCAUGAACUACUAACUAGGCGUUCGUAAAUCUUAGUAAGUGAUAAACAUCCGCAGGGUCAGGUUGGAGAACAGGCAUUACAGGUUCUCUUUCCCUAAAAAAAAACAAACAAAAAAACAAAAAAACUUUUCAACUGUCACAUGUAAUCAGUGAAUCAGUUUUACACUAAUGCAGCUUCGACAAUGUAGAAUGGUGGAUUCAUGGCAAAAACCUCAUCGUGGCAUGAAGUAUCCAAACUGAUUCAGUUCGUUUUCUGUUUUAUACCUUGCACUUAGUUUCCUCUAGUGAAUUUUUGCUUUUAGUCUUACCUGUUCAUUCAGACUCCUAUAGUAUCUGUCUCCAAUCUCUACACACUAAAUAUAAACAUUGGCCCCCUAUUUAUGGAUGUGGUGCUCACAACGAAACGAACUGUUAAAGUAUGGUCGACGGACCAACACCAAACAAGAUAACAAAAUGUCUUUUUUCUCGAAAAUUACGGCAUUUUGUGUGGAAAUAUGUCACCGACUGACUGGGGCUGUUAUGUACUUUCCCGCUGUCCCAUUGCGGGGAUUUUAUACCAAUCGUGCCACCUAUACCUUUAAAUCAAUGAUAUGUUGGCAGAUGCUGUUCUUUAGAAUUAGAAGUGUUCUAAGCAAAGCGUUUUCGUUGUAUUCGAUGAUUUGGCUAGACAAGUUUGUUUUAGUCAAUUUAUUGUGUGCAGAUUGAAUGUGUUUGGUUGAUUUGCGAAGUGGUACUCAGUAUUAAGUCAGACUUGUGAUUUUUUUUUUAAUUCUAUGAUGUUCAAUUACAACGUAUCACUUGAAUGAGUAGCCUUAUCGAGUACUUGCUCGCUUCAGUAUAUGUCUAAGGGUACGAUUUAAGGGCAUAUCUGCAUGGGCGUCAGAAGGAUUUUUUAAGUGACAGGAGAGGGGAAGAACGGGUCAGCAGUAAACUGACAAUCGGCGGAGGUAGACGAUCAGUCCCGUGAUAUGUCGGAGUAAAUUAGUGAUUUUCAUUCUCAAUCAUUUUUUUCUGUUUUUUGUCUGAUUCUCCCAUUCGAUAGUGUGUUGUUUUUAAAAUUAUGUUUAAGUAAACAGACCGUGUUUGCAUUGUAUUUUGUUGGAUGUGAUUGUUUUUUGUGCUGAGAUUACAUUUUGUUCAAUUAUACUCAGAUUCAACGUCUGGGUGUUUUGCAGUGCUGUAGUAAGAACGUCUUUAAGUUGCUGUAUGACCUCCAGAUGGAAAACAAGUGAUACUGGCAGCACCAAAACAU